AAAUUCUAAAAUUCCGCCGCCGUCAGUCUGGCGAAAAUGGCGAUACCGAGGGUAUUGUGUCGCGCUCGUUUCCUCUUAAAUAGCGAUAUUUUCGGGAUUAAUAAAUUUACGCCGCUUAUUAACAGUGCCUCCUUGAAUAAAAUUGUGCAUGUCCAAGUGGUGAGGUCAUUCCGAACCAACUUCUCAGUAAACUUGGUCACCACAGAAAAAAAAGAAAAGGACAAAAACAAGGAAUUGACCAGCAGUACGUCCAGCUCAUCAUCAUCAUCAUCCGAUAGUGAUCACACUGAUGACGAUUCGGAUUCAGAAGGCGAAGUAAUAGUAGAAAUCCACAGGGGCCUCCCAAGAAUAACAGUUCCUUUACCGAGCAGAAAAGAAAACUGCAGUUUCACCGUAAAACCGAUCUCGAACACCGUAGGUGACUUUAUUGAAAUGUUAAAGAAGGAAGAUAAGGGCAUCGACAGGGUCGUAUGUAAAACGAAAGAGGGCACGAGGAUAGCGUCUUCCAAUACGAUAGAGACCCUCUUAGAAGAUGAUUUUAAGUUAGUGAUAAACGACUGCACUUAUAAUGUAAAUACUCCGAAAGAUGAAAGACUGACACAGGAGGAAGUUCAAAGCCUCCAUGACAUUAAAUGCCUAGUCCAUAAACUAUACGAGCAACUGAACGUACAAGAACACCAACUAUCAAAGGAACGAGAGUUGGUCAUGGAACUGGAAGCUUUAAAGCAAGAAGUUCAACCGUUAGAACAAGCAAGAAAUGAAAUCGAAGUUGUGGCACACAAACGAAGCAACUGGUUAGCCUGGGCCGGACUCGGUCUAAUGUCCGUCCAGUUUGGAAUUUUAGCCAGACUCACCUGGUGGGAAUACUCCUGGGAUAUCAUGGAACCCGUCACUUAUUUCGUCACCUAUGGAACUGCCAUGGCUGCUUACGCCUACUUCGUGCUUACCAAAGAGGAGUACGUAUUAACGGACGUACGAGACCGCCAACACUUACUAAUCAUGCAUAAAAAAGCCAAAAAGGUGGGCGUAGAUCUGACCAAGUACAACCAGCUAAAAGAGCAAAUUCACAAAGUCGAAUAUAAACUUAAAAAACUCAGGAACCCCUUGAAGCUUCACUUACCGAAAAAUGGAAAGACAGUUGCUGCAGCCCCAAUAACCGAAGCCAUCGCUACUACUCCUGAAGCUGCCGCCCAGACUGAAACCAGUAAAAUGAAGAAUGGUAAGACGGGUGCCGAAGCAACAACAACGCACGCUAUUACUCCUGAUGCUACCAUCCAGACUGAAACCCGUACGGAAACCAGUAAAACGACUGCGAAAGAGGGCGUUAAAGUGACUGAAUGAGUGUGCGUGUAAGUGCGACCAAAACCAGUGCCUUCAAUUUAUGGAGGACUCACUUUUUUUUACUGCAGUCGUUACUGUUUUCUCGGAAUGUUCUUGACGCUCAACUUAGAAUUAAUUUAGCUUUAGGGUGUAUUGUUUCUAGUCGACUCGCCAUCAUUUGCCUGAGCUGUAAAUGGUGGCCGGUUGAUUUAUAUUAUAUUUGACCAAAGAGUGUCGUUUUUUGCACUCGAGUGUACGUAAACUUCGAAUUUAUACCUUGCAAGCUUUAAUUGUUGAAAUCUCCUUAAAGGUACGGUUUUUUUUUUCUGUUGAAAUGUAGAACUACUGAAAAGGGCUUUUUGGUAAGAGGGAGCUCCCAAUGAGGUACUUUUGAUGAAUUUUAAUCGUUUUUAGGAUUAUAAAAAAACAUUGGUAAGGAUAAAAUAUUUGAAUGCUUUGUAAAAUAUUCCCUAGCAUGUUUUGUCCAUUGAAUGUGGUCCUUAACCUUCUUGCACUAUAAGUGUUCUAUUCAUUUCAACCGUUCCUACUUUAUUGCUGAUCACUGCUCACACUUCCUCUUCCUCCGAUCCACUGUAACGAUUUGAGGAUUCCCUUUUCGAAAAAACUCAAGAUCUUUAGCAUAAUUUACACUAUGAUUUUAUUUUUUCCAGACAGUUAAAGACAUUAUUUAUUUCUUUGCAUAUAGGGUAGUUAAAAGUUAAAAAUAACAUUCUGUCUGGAAAAUAAGAAUUAACGAAAAAGGAAAAAUGAAGGGUAGAACGAUAAAACACGAAAAAAAAAACAAUUUUCAUUGACUGAGAAUGACUAAUUGAAUUGACAGAUUUAUAAAAAAACAGGAAAAUCACAAAUAUUAAAUAAAACGAGUUAUGCUACUGGUUCUUGGUACUGUUCAUAUAUUACUUUGUUUGCCAUUUAAUGCCGAUCAUACUGAGACAAGGGGCUAAAUUUAUAUACCCGUUCCAGUGUUGCCAGUAAGAAGCAACGUGAAUAUAACCUUAAACUUUUUUAUGGAGCUUAUUUUUUAAUCUGUACCUGCUGAUUGCCUUACCAUCAACACAAGAUAUAACCAAGCCAAUUAAGGAACAGUUCCCACUGGAAGAAAAUAUUUAUAAAAGCGAAAACUCAGCUUAAACAUGUUCUGGUAACACUGAUAUGAAAACGCAUCCGGUAAGCUUAAGCCUUCAAGUUAAUAACGACUAAAGUGACAUACCAAUUACAGUGUUGCCAGAAUUUUAAUGAUGCCUUCUUGAAUAAAUCGGUUUGAUUCACUGGUGAUACAUUAAACCAUAAAGCAGGUAAUAUAGGUUAGAUUGAAUUCGCGGCAAUGACUAAACUUUUUAUUUCAUAUCGUUUUUCUUUUCUUUAUUUGUUUCUAAGAAAAAUAUAGUAUAUAUUUUAAGGUUAUUUUAAAAUUUGUUCUUUGUUGAACUGCAACGUCGGAAUAGGUGUGUGAAUUUAGUUGCUAGUUUGAACUAUGACAUGUUGAUGGAAGAAUGAAGGUUGACCCUUUCAAAAUAUCGAUGAUUGGGCGAAGGUGAACAACGUCUUUCUUGUCAUUUAACAUAGACCAAUCAGAAGGGUAUGAGUGGUUCGAUUUAUAUGAAUGAAUUAAACUUUGUUUUUUAAUUUUGUCUUCACGUCAUGGGUUGUGCGAUAGAUUCUUUAUAAAAGUAAUUUGGUUCACUUCCAUGACUGGUUAUAUUGGAAAUUUGAUUUGUUAUUCAAAACUGGCAACGCCGGAGUGGUUACUUAAAUUUAGUGGCUAGUUUGACUUUGAUGCAUAUUACAUAUUGACAGUUGAUACAACCAAUAUAUAUAUCAAGGUAAGUGCACAUGACGAGAUUGCUUUAUUAAGCUAUUAACUACAGAUAAAUCCCACUUCAUUUAAAUAAAUCCUAAUUAGGUACAUAGGGUUUUGUGAGGAUCUUACCUGGUUUUCUGUAGGAUAUAAUAAUCAGUAACAUAAUAAAAAUUCAAUUCCUUUAGAGUUUCCACAACUCUAUAUUAAACCAAUUAUAUAUGACCUUUGCGACUUCUAUUUCCUUUGAAAUUUUACAAACAUUUUCACGGACUAACAUAAAUUCUAAAACAUCAUCCAGUUUAAACGAGCCAAUAAGAAUUCGCAUAAAUCGAAAGGUUAACCAACUAAUCUGUCAUUCUUGUCAUUUGAAUUGGACCAAUCAGCUUUUGAUCGCGCAUUUUGUAUUUAUAUGAAUUAUGCCUUUUUUUUAAAUGUCUUUUUGUCAUUCGUGUUCGUAGUAUACAAUAUUUAUUAAUGACUAAUUUUAUAUGUUAUUCGUUUACGAAAAAAACUGAACUAAAAAAUUCCUGUAAAACUUGAUUUUGUCUUUUACUGGAGAAAAUCAUUUAAAGUGAAAUAAAUUGGAUUUUUAUAGUUGUAAACCCUUGAGUAAGCGGUUUCCCGAACGUUGGACCUCAUUAAUUUAUUUAAUGGUAUUUCAGUAGUUCUACAUUAAUCAAAAUCAUUAAAUCCGGUUUUCCUAACCCAAUUCUGUUCCCAUUAAAAUAUUCCUACUAUAAAAAUUGUAGUGCAAUAGCUUCCGUCCUAAAUUAAUGAUUCUAUAAUUUAGCUCACACCCCUGCCUCCCAACGUUCCAUCAUCAUACGCCUUACUCUUUUUUACAUAAAAUGUAAAAUAAAAUCUUCUCGCCGCAUAUAUACGCACAUGUAUAAACAUGCACAUUUCGCUGUGAUUACGAGCUGUUUUUUACACAUUUAAGUACUUGAGGAACAAUCAUGCGCGCUUCGCUUAUAUGCUUUUAUUUUCGGUCUCUAUUUACUAGGAAAUUAUUUAAAAAUUUAAAAAAAAAAAACGUUUUCGUCGAGAUUCUUGAAGAAAUGUGCCAAAGUGCACAUCAAUCGACUUUUCUAACUUUUACUGUAAAUGGCUUUCCCAUAGUUUUUAAUCACUGAAUUCGUGAUACUCUAGUGAGAGAAAAUAUACAAGAAAAUAUUUCUAGCUACUUUUUAUUAUAGCUAUAUAUUAUAUGUACUAAAAGUUAUUUUUUCUUUUUGUUAUAUAUAUACACAUAUUGUGAUGUUUUAAGAGCGGUUGAACGAAAAACUACCAAAUCUGGACUGAAAAAAGUGGAUUUGGCUGUAUUUCCCGUCAAUUAUUCUUGAUUUUAGCGUUUUUUUGUCUCUUUUUGUGUUUGUCUACUAUAUGCCUCAUUUAAAACUUAAAAGGAUGUUAAAGGCCACUGUUCUUAUAAUUUUUAAGAUAAAUCUAUUGUUGGUUGUAAAUACUAUAAAUAAAUUAAAGUUUGUUGCCAUCAA